AUGAAUCCGGAUUCAUCGUUGUUCACUUGGUUGCUGUAUGCGGACUGCGCAGUACUGGUACAGAGCGACGAGUCCAGAGUUCCUUUGGUGGCGUCGAGUGUACAAACCUCCGCCCCCAAUAGUCCUCAAUCAAGUAUGCUCCUUCUGCAAGUACAGGCCCCCUUUGGUUCAAGCAGUUUUGCGGAUCUGCUAAAUGCGCCAUAUUCAGAUGAUCCUAGUGGCGCCCUAGCCUCCGAGGACAUCGACCCUUUCGCUGAAGUAGCGCUUCAAUCACAACCUUCUUCACCAGCUCCGCUCCCUAGUUUUCAAGAAACUUACUCAGUUCGUUAUCAAGCACCAAAUUCAGCAACCGUUAAAAUGGAUGAGGAGUGCUUCAGUGUUUCAUAUCAUCAACAAACAACACCUCAUAAUAUUUCUCUUUCGCAUUAUGAUUAUCAACAAUUACAAUACUCUUCAACAACAAAUCCUUAUUAUCCUUCUCCUCAAAUGUGCACUUCCAGCUUUGAUGCUUCAUUAUCUCAAGAAUCUUAUUCGCUACCACCUUACCAAACAUCAGAAUUGCACAUCGCAACACAAAAUCCGAGGCAACGUCGAGCUUCAUUACCCCUACAACGGUCUGAAUCGACAAGCAGUAGUGAAAGUCCACAAUUAAGAUUGGGACAUGCACCUUCGGCGUGUUCUUCUGCUGCUAGCAGUCCAGGUGGCCCGCCGGAACAAAUUUCAACAUCCAAAGGUCCUACUCCUUCUUCACCUUCCCAAUUAUGUGCUGUAUGUGGAGAUACUGCUGCAUGUCAACAUUAUGGAGUUCGUACAUGUGAAGGUUGCAAAGGUUUUUUUAAACGUACUGUGCAAAAAGGUUCUAAAUAUGUAUGCUUGGCGGAUAAAGCGUGCCCUGUUGAUAAGCGUAGGCGAAAUCGGUGCCAGUUUUGUAGAUUUCAAAAGUGCUUAGCAGUUGGUAUGGUGAAGGAAGUAGUUCGAACAGAUUCCCUUAAAGGUAGACGAGGCAGGCUACCUUCCAAACCAAAAUCUCCCCAGGAAUCACCACCAAGUCCUCCAGUGUCUCUUAUAACUGCUUUAGUUCGAGCAUAUGUUGACACAACUCCAGAUCUUGCCAAUUUAGAUUACUCUCAAUACCUAGAACCGUCUCCUAUAGAACCAAAUAUUUCAGAAGCCGAUAAAAUUCAACAGUUUUACACCUUACUGACCACUUCAGUAGAUGUAAUUAAAAAUUUUGCUGACAAAAUACCUGGAUUCUUAGAAAUAUGUUCUGAAGAUCGAGAACUAUUAUUCCAGUCUGCAUCUUUGGAACUAUUCGUUUUGAGAUUAGCCUAUCGUACCCGUCCUAAUGAUACUAAACUGACUUUUUGCAAUGGAGUAGUGCUAGAUAUACAACAAUGUCAGCGAUCGUUUGGAGAUUGGUUACAUGGAAUUAUGGAGUUUUGUGCAGGAUUACAUUCAAUGGAAAUAGACAUAUCCGCUUUUGCAUGCCUAUGUGCACUUACAUUAAUUACAGAAAGACAUGGCUUAAGAGAACCUCAUCGGAUCGAACAACUUCAAAUGAAAAUAAUUUCCUCUUUAAGAGACCACGUUACGUAUAACGCCGAGGCACAGCGAAAGUCCCAUUACUUUAGCAGACUUCUAGGGAAACUGCCAGAGCUUAGAUCAUUAAGUGUACAAGGACUACAAAGGAUUUUUUAUUUGAAAUUAGAAGACCUCGUGCCGGCUCCUCCUUUAAUUGAGAAAAUGUUUGUGGCUAGCCUACCUUUCUAA